AUGGAUGGGUCUGAUGAGGAGGAUGAGUUUUCAUCAGAGUGCAAUGAUUUUAAGGAGUUUGUUGAGGAUGCAAAUAAGCCAUUAUACCCUGGCUGUGUACGAUUCACAAAGUUGAGUGUGCUGGUGAAGUUGUAUAAUUUAAAAGCUAAACAUGGAAUGAGCGAUGCAGCUUAUUCUGAUUGGCUGAUUGCUUUUGGUGAGCAUCUUCCGGAAGGUAAUGAAAUUCCUACAUCUGUUUACGAGGCCAAGAAGACUUUGGGAGCACUAGGGAUGGAUUAUAGGAAGAUACAUGCAUGUCCUAAUGACUGCAUUUUGUAUAGAAAACAGUACACAGAUAAUGUCAAUUGUCCUACAUGUGGCGUCUCUAGGUGGAAAGUGGGAAAAAAUUCCAAGGAGAGAGAGGGUGUACCCGCUAAGGUACUCUGGUAUUUUCCACCGAUUCCUAGGUUUAAGAGAAUGUUUCAAUCUACAAAAACAUCUAGUAGUUUGACUUGGCAUGCCACUGAUAGACGAAAAGAUGGGUUAAUGCGUCACCCGGCUGAUGCGUUGACCUGGAAAUCAGUUGAUGAGAAGUGGCCCGAGUUUGGUUUAGAGUCAAGAAACCUUAGGCUUGCGCUAUCAUCAGAUGGCUUUAAUCCUCAUAGUUCCCUAAGCAGCAAAUAUAGUUGUUGGCCAGUCAUUCUUGUCAACUAUAAUCUUCCUCCUUGGCUUUGUAUGAAAAGAAAAUACAUGAUGUUAACGUUGUUGAUUUCCGGGCCUAAACAACCUGGAAAUGACAUCGAUGUCUAUUUAGAACCAUUAAUCGAAGAUUUGAAAGUUCUUUGGGAGGGAGUAAAGGGAGUUUAUGAUGCCUGCAGCAACGAGUAUUUUACUCUUAAGGCUGUACUUUUUUGGACAAUCAAUGACUUCCCAGCCUAUGGUAACUUGUCUGGGAGCAUUGUUAAAGGGUAUAAUGCAUGCCCAAUAUGUCUUGAAAAGACAUUACCAAAGAGGUUGGUCCAUGGAGGGAAGAUGGCUUAUAUGAGGCAUAGAAGGUGGAAAGCAAGAAACCAUCCUUACCGAAAGCAACGGGCUGCUUUUGAUAACCACCAAGAACUUGAGGCUGCUCCUGUUCCAUUGAGUGGAGAAGAAGUUCUGAAAAGGAUGGAAGAAGAAGUGUUAAGUUGGCCAUUUGGGAAGAAACAUCCUUCUCCUCCGUACAAAGGGGAUGAGGAUGAAAAUAGACCUUGUUGGAAGAAGAAGUCCAUCUUUUUUGAACUUGAAUACUGGAAAUUUCUUCCGGUUCGCCACUGCCUAGAUGUGAUGCAUAUUGAAAAAAAUGUUUGUGAUAGUCUUUUAGGCACAUUGUUAAACAUUCCAGGAAAAACAAAAGAUGGCAUAAAGGCCCGUUUAGAUCUGGUUGAGAUGGGCAUUAGAACUGAACUUGCACCUAAUCUUGAUGGUCCGAAAAAAAAUCGCUUGCCAUUAGCGAGUUGGAAUCUGACCUUAGAUGAGAAGAAAUUAGUCUGUGGUUGUUUUUGUUGUAUGAAGGUCCCUCAUAACUACUGUUCGAACAUUCACAAUCUGGUUUCAAUGGAUGAUCUAAGGCUUAGUGGGAUGAAAUCUCAUGAUUGUCAUGUGUUAAUGCAACAACUCCUUCCCGUUGCAUUAAGGGCUGUAUUAGACAAACCGGUUAGAGUUGCUGUUAUCAGGUUAUGUCUUUUCUUUACUGAGAUUUGCAGCAAAUCAUUUGAGGUAUCUAAGCUGCCCAAAAUUCAAAGUGAUAUUGUUGAGACAUUGUGCUUGCUUGAGAAGUAUUUUCCUCCUUCAUUCUUCGAUAUAAUGGUACAUUUGACGGUUCACCUAGUGAGAGAAGUUGAAUUAUGUGGACCAGUUUUCUAUCGGUGGAUGUAUCCGUUUGAAAGAUACAUGAAGGUUUGCAAGGGUUAUGUUCGCAAUAGAAAUCGUCCUGAGGGUUGUAUAGCAGAGAAUUACAUUGCAGAAGAAGCUGUGGAGUUUUUAGCCGAACGCUUAUUGUCCGACCAAACUAUUGGAAUUCCAAAACAGCGUUCUAAGGAGUGCAAGCCUACUUCUGGUGCUAAAGUGUCCUCUCUCUAUGGUAGUGAGUUCAACCAAGCACAUCUUUGUGUUCUACAAAACACCGAAGAGUUCAGAGCCUACUUUAUCGAGCAUAUGGAAUAUUUGAAGGUAGCUUUUCCGAGGUUCAAAAAGAAUAAGAAGUGGCUUAAAGACAAACAAAACAAUUCAUUUGCAAAUUGGGUGAAGAUAAGGGUGGGGCAACAAUUGGAUGAUCCUGAAAGCAACAUAUCUGAAACAGUUCGGUGGAUUGCGGAAGGACCAAGCCAUGAAGUAGCAAGAUUCAACAGUUACAAAAUCGACGGAGUUCAGUUUUACACAAAGUCACUUGACAAUGUUCGAGUGUGUCAGAAUAGUGGCGUCUACCUAGAGGCUGAAGCUAUGGUUGUUGCUAGUGCUAGGGACAGAAAACCUGUAGAUGAUGAUAUGAGCUUCUAUGGGGUGAUAGAUGAAAUUUGGGAGCUGGAUUAUGCUAAGUUUAGACUGCCCCUCUUUAAGUGUGAUUGGGUUGAGAGUUCAAAGGGUGUCAAGGUCGACGACCUUGGUUUCACGUUAGUGAAUUUGAAAAGGAUAGGCCAUCUAAAUGACAUAUUUGCUUUGGCUACAUCUGUCUAUCAAAUUUUUUAUGUCCAAGAUCCUGUGGAUCCUAGGUGGUCAGUUGUUCUAAGAGUCCGACAAAGGGAUUACAAUGACUUGGCUCAUGAUGAUGAGCUUGGAGACACUAUAAUUGAUCAUCAGCCCUUCACUGAUAGAAUGCCAUCUAUUGAGAGUGGAGAGGGAGAAAUAGGUUACAUUAGAGCAGAAAGUGAGACCAUUUUGAUAAUGGUGCAUUCAAAGGCUGUGUCAUCACCAACAAAGAAGACUUCAAAAUCACAUAAAGUAAGGAAGUCGAAGUCUUCAAAGACCAAGGAUAGGGAAUCUGUUUCACAAAGAGAUUCUGCUGCAAGUGUGAGUAAAAGAAAGAAGCGCGGGAAGAAGAAGAAGACGCAGGAGGAGGAUGAGGGAUGUACUGGAGGGCUGAAGCUGCUCAAGCGUCACCGCGUUACAAUGUCAAGGAUGACAACGGGCAGGAUUCUAAAGAAGAAACUUAUAGUCCAAUUUGAUAAGAAUGGGGAUCCAAUAGGGAAUAAUGCAGAUGCACUACAAUCCUACAUCGGCGUUUUGGCAAGAACCAAUAUCCCAAUUUCAAUAGCAUCUUGGCCUAAUGUAUCGAAGACAAAAAAAAACAGUCUAUGGGAGAACGUUUUGACAUCAUUUGUAUUGGGACCUGAAUGCAAGAAGAUGGUUUUAAAAUCUGCUGGAACGAAAUGGAGAGAAUUUAAGUCAAGACUGACAACAUUGUAUGUGUUGCCAUAUUUGGAUGCUCCUGAAUCUUUACAAUUUCCCCCAGAUGACUAUAGGUUUAUAACGGUUGAUGACUGGAAUGUUUUUGUAAAGGAAAGGACAAGCGAGUCAUUUUUGAAAAAGCAUGAGGAACAAAAGGCAAGGCGCCGUAAAAAUGUGUAUGAUCACCAUAUGUCGCGUAAGGGAUACGCGGGAUUGAGAGAAGAGCUGUCUAAAAUCGAGCCGGAGAAGGAAAUCGAUAGAGCAACACUUUGGGUCAAAGCACGCCAAACCAAACAAGGAACUUUUAAACAUGAUGUGAUUAAAGAAACUGCUGAAAAAAUUGAGACACUGAAACGCAAGGAACGUGACGGUGAGCUAACCGUAAAUGGAAGUAACGAUGUGCUGACAUUAGCUUUGGGGACUCCGGAGCACACGGGAAGAGUUAGAGGCAUAGGGGGUUAUGUGUGUAACCCAAAUGGAUACUUCAACCUUCCAAAACGCAGAAAGGAGAGCGUUAAUGAGUCAAUGAGACAAAGUGUGAGGAAGAUACUUGAAGAAGAGAAACAGAAAUUGGAGGAUGAGUUGAGGGAGAAGAUAUAUGCUGAAGAGAGGGAAGAGAUAGCGGCCGAGGAGAGGGAAAAGAUAGCGGCCGAGGAGAGGGAAAAGAUAGGGGCUGAAGAGAGGGAAAAGAUAGCAGCUGAAGAAAGGGAAAAGAUAAUGGCAACUGAAAGGGCAAUCUUACUUUCUAGGAUUGAACAAUUGGAAGCAAGAGUUGAUGUAAGGAGCCAUGAGGCAGUUACCACUGUUGGAGUAGGAAAAGUUGUGGGCAAUGACCACACAUCUGGCCAAGCAAGUUGUUCACAUGCAAAAGAUUCAUGUCUUAAGGCUCCUGACAAACAAGACAAUGUUGUAGAAGAUGGCGCAGUGAAAAAUGUUUUGGAUGCGAUGGAGAAAGAGUUGCUGCAAAAUCAGAGGAAGAAGACUUCAAAGGUCAAGGAGUCGAACAUUGAUUUUGAAGCAGCAAUUGAAGAAGUUACCCAUGAAGAUAAUGCUGGGAAGAAUCAAUUGCAUAUUGAUAGGGUGAUAAAUGAUAAAGAGGAAAUAGAAUCGGUGGAUUUGACCUUGCUUGAUCAAAGAACAAAGGUAAAUCCUACUGAGAAGAAAUGCAAGUUAGCAUUGGGUUCAACUGACCAUAUUGUUGCUCUUGCUACGGUUAUCACAAGCGAUGGUCCAUUAGAAGUUUGUCAUGGGACUCCAUUGGGAGAUGACAGAUUACGUGUUUCUGUUUAUGCUGCUUUGGAGGAAAAGGCUGUGAUUCCAUUUGUUGUGGAAGAUGAGAUAACAACAGUAAAGCAAGCGAUGGGGAGCUGGGUAAUGUGGCCAAAAAAACUGAUCAUAUUUGAUGAAAAGAAAAAAACAAGUGGUAAAGCAAGUAGGAAGCAGAAAAGGAAUCAUUUUGCGGAAGAUGUAGAAGAAGAGUUUGACUUGCAGUCACUCGAAUCAAGCUUGCCAGCCGCAUUGCAGAAGUUAUAUGAGUGGGGAAAAGAAGGAUUCAAAGAUCGGAAAGCUGUUUGCUUUUAUAAAGAAGAGCCCGUAUUCGGUAUUAAUGCUAAGAGCUAUCUACUUGGCUUGGAUGUUAAAAGGCUUGCAAACAUGGCGGAAGUAACAGGAACCAUCAUAGUGCUGUACAUGAGGUACUUAUAUGAUAUGCUAAAAAAGUCCAAAAUGGUAGACAUGGUUGGUUUCGUUGACCCAGCCUUGACUGGUGAGAUAGGGUGUGGGAGUGCAACAACGAGGUCCCGAAGUAUAAAAGAUCGCCUCAUAAGUGCUUCUCCAAACCAGAUUUUCUUAGUGCCUUACAAUGCAUCUGCUCAUUGGGUAUUAACUGUGAUCGAUCCGGACAAUGACACUGUCUAUUUCAUGGAUCCAUUAAAAAGACGCCUUGGAGGUAACGGAGAAUGGAAAGAUAUUGUUGACACUGCCAUAUCAAUGUUUAGAGCGGACCGCAACAAGAAAGGACGAGGUUUUCCUCAAUGGAAGAACAUGGCAGGUAUUCCAUCACAGCCAAAUGACAAACAGUGUGGCUAUUUUGUGAUGAGAUAUAUGAGGGACAUCAUACAUGAUACAAACUUGGGUUUUGCAGAAAAGUGGGGUAGGAGAGCUAACCAUGUUUAUAGUCAAGUGGAAAUUGAUGAAGUCCGUAAUGAGCUCGCAAGUUAUGUGUUGAAGAACAUCCUGAAGUUGUAAAGUCUGCAGUUGCUCAUGGCCUACGCCCUCUAAUGUGA